UGUUAGCCGACUCACUUGCAACUCCACCUCAGCAGUGGUCUCUUAGUCCUCUCAAAGCAGGGAAAGAGUGCUGUGUGCUGAGAGACCAUGGCAAAGAAUCCUCCAGAGAACUGUGAGGACUGUCACAUUCUAAAUGCAGAAGCUUCUAAAUCCAAGAAGAUAUGUAAAUCACUUAAGAUUUGUGGACUGGUGUUUGGUAUCCUUGCCCUAACUCUAAUUGUCCUGUUUUGGGGGAGCAAGCACUUCUGGCCUGAGACACCCAAAAAAACAUAUGACAUGGAGCACACUUUCUACAGCAACGGAGAGAAGAAGAAGAUUUACAUGGAAAUUGAUCCCGUGACCAGAACUGAAAUAUUCAGAAGUGGAAAUGGCACUGAUGAAACAUUGGAAGUGCAUGACUUUAAAAAUGGAUACACUGGCAUUUACUUUGUAGGUCUUCAAAAAUGCUUCAUCAAAACUCAGAUUAAAGUGAUUCCUGAAUUUUCUGAACCAGAGGAAGAAAUAGAUGAGAAUGAAGAAAUUACCACAACUUUCUUUGAACAGUCAGUGAUUUGGGUCCCAGCAGAAAAGCCUAUUGAAAACCGAGACUUUCUCAAAAAUUCCAAAAUUCUGGAGAUUUGUGAUAACGUGACCAUGUAUUGGAUCAAUCCCACUCUAAUAGCAGUUUCAGAGUUACAAGACUUUGAGGAGGAUGGUGAAGACCUUCACUUUCCUACCAAUGAAAAAAAAGGCAUUGAACAAAAUGAGCAGUGGGUGGUCCCUCAAGUGAAGGUGAAGACCCGUCACACCAGACAAGCAGCAAGUGAGGAAGAACUCCCAAUCAAUGACUAUACUGAAAAUGGAAUAGAAUUCGACCCCAUGCUGGAUGAGAGAGGUUAUUGUUGUAUUUACUGCCGUCGAGGCAACCGCUACUGCCGCCGCGUCUGUGAACCUUUACUAGGUUACUACCCGUAUCCAUACUGCUACCAAGGAGGGCGGGUUAUCUGUCGUGUCAUCAUGCCUUGCAACUGGUGGGUGGCCCGCAUGCUGGGGAGGGUUUAAUAGCAAGUCUGAGCUCAAGUGCUUAAACUUCUGGCAGCCAACAUAUAAUAAAUGCAUGCUAUUCAAUGAAUUUCUGCCUAUGAGGCUUUUGGCUCCUGGUAGCCAGCACUCCGGAAUUACUUGUAGGUAAUUCUUCUCUUCAUGUUCUAAUAAACUUCUAC